AUGUCAGAGUAUGCCGGAAUUCGCUUAUCCUGGGAAAGAGUUAUUGCAGCCGCCAAAAAUUUACCAGACCCAGCCUCUGUGAGUCAAGAGAUGCAAGCUGAACAAGACAAUAAUCGACAAGAGAGAUACUUGUUAUUCGCAUUAGAAAAUAUAUUUACGAUUACUAGUCAAGCUAUCGGUUACACAGCUUUCAUGGCAACCAUGAUACAGGAACUAAGUCACAACUGCCCUGUUUCCAUGGCGUUUCUAAGACAUGUUGUUGAUAAAUCGGAACUCCCUGAUGGUCAGACACUAGAGACCGUAUCAAGGAUGAUACUCGAAAAAUCGUGCAUCAAUGGCUAUAUCCUUUGGAUUCUAUUGGCUAGAAAAUUUGCUGGUCAUUUAACAGAGUCACUCUGGUCAGAUAAAGUAUAUGACCAUUUAAUAAAAGUUAUUCAAUCAGAAAAUGACGCGAAAAGGCUAUAUGCUCUAUUAGCCUUGGAGUCAUUUGCAAUGACAGGAAAUAUCAAAAGAUACAUCAUGCAUCGUGAUAUACAACACACGCUGAAUUGCAUAUUGUUAGACUGCAAUUCUGCAUUAGAAUCAACCCCUUCGCCUCUUCACAUGGCUCCCUCUAAGCGUGGGCCCCCUUCACGGAGACCUCGUUCAAUCAACUUUUCUGUUUUGCUAUUACCUUUUAUGAAAAAGAAAAAGAUACCCAUUAUGACAGUAAUGCACAAAAGCACUUGUCAAAAGAAACAAUCAAGACUGUCUCAUACCGCUCUUAUUCACUGCACAGAUAAAUGUCAUGUGCUCUAUCAGACAAAAUACUGUGUUCAAUGGUCUCUAAUGCAUGUAUUCACAGAUGACAAGAACAGAGCUCCUUUUGCAGAACCCAAGCUGAUAGCGCAUCAUGCUUUAUAUGAAUUUCGCAACGAUAACCCCUUCUUACUACAAACAAUUCGCUCAUCGACUAUGAUGACAAAUCGUACAGGCGUUUGGUAUUAUGAAGUUAUGCUUAUCACAAGCGGUGUCGUCCAUGUUGGCUGGGCGUCUCCUUCCAGCCAAUUUAUACCAGAGCAAGGAUACGGUGUUGGUGAUAAUAUGAAUGGUUUUGCCUUUGAUAGUUACCGAGGCGUUCUAUGGACCUCGGGUAAAGCGGUCUACCCAGAUGAUAAUCCGAUUGUUUGUCAUGCAGGCGAUGUUAUCGGAACAUUACUCAAUCUGAAAAAAGGAUAUUGUUCCUUUUUUGUAAAUGGACAAGAGAUCGAGCUUUCUAUCGAGCUCACAUCCGCCACCCAGAUGUUUCCUGCUGUUAGUUUGACCAGUCAUCAGCAGAUCGCUAUCAAUUAUGGUGAUCGCCCUUGGUUUUGUCCACCACCAAUGAAAGCAACCCCCGUAUGUAGUCUUUAUAAAGAACGACAAGUAAACUAUCCGGAUAUCAGCGAUAAUGAUGAUUUACUGUGCAUCUUGUGCUAUGCCGAACCAAGAGACACUACCUUGUAUCCUUGUUUACAUGAGCAAUUUGGUCAGUCAUGUGUAAAGAGCUUGAAGACAUGUCCGCUGUGUCGUAUGGAAAUAUACAAAAAGAAAAAAAAAAAUAAAUAUGCAGGGGGAGAAACAAAGGCGAAUGAUAUAAGAUUAUAG